AUGAGAAAAGAAAAAUGUUUUAUAAUUUUAACAUGCGUGCUUGGAAUGGCAACAUCUCAGUCCAGUAAUGAAUGUAAAACUCCAAAUCAGGAAAAUGGUGUUUGUAUCGACAUUAAGCGUUGCCCAAAGUUAUUAAAUCUAUUAGAAAAUCAAAGACAAGUGCCGUCCGUUUUAGUCUUCCUUAAGAAAUCCUUUUGUGGAUUUGAAGGAGAAGAUUACAAAAGAACAAAAGUGUGUUGUGCUUUGGAAAAUAAUGUAGAACCAACAGUACCAAAAGCACCGGUAGCACCAGUAAAACCAGCAGCACCAAUAGCACCAAUAGCACCGGUAACAAAGCCAAACGUAGAGAACAACAUUCAGACAACGAACAACGGCGAGGCAAAAUUACCAUUGCAAUCUAGGUGCGGAAUAACCAACGUCACCCGCAGUCGAAUCAUCGGAGGGACGCCAGCGGAAUUAGGCGCCUGGCCUUGGAUGGCAGCCCUCGGCUAUCAGAGUUCAAAUCGAAACAAUCGCGCUACACAGUGGCUUUGCGGCGGCACAUUGAUAUCAACUUCACACGUGCUGACAGCUGCACAUUGCGUAUACAAUGUCCCUUUAAAACUGACUACUGUACGGUUAGGUGAGUUGGAUUUAAAUCCUACGGUCGACGACGGUGCAAGGCCGAUAGAUGUUCCUGUUAGUCGUAUCGUCAUACACGCGAAAUACCACCCACAAGAACUUACCAGUGACAUUGCACUGUUGAAGUUAAAAAAUAUUGUUACUUAUAACGUAUUUAUACAACCCAUUUGUUUGCCAAUCACUCCAACUAUGAGAAACGCAGAUAUGUCGAGAAGUUUGCCAUUUGUUGCCGGUUGGGGUACUACUCAACCUAAUCCCAGUGAACCUCCCAGUUUUCCACCCGUCACUACAUUGAUGGAAGUUCAAGUUCCAAUGUCUAGAAUGGCGGAAUGUAAAGAAGCAUAUUCAAAACAAAAAGCUGUAAUUGAUGACAGAGUUUUAUGUGCUGGAUAUCCAGAGGGAGGAAAAGACUCAUGUCGGGGUGAUUCGGGAGGUCCAUUAAUGAUGCCAAAAGGAAAACAAUACUUUUUGAUGGGUAUAGUGUCUUACGGAUUAACAAUUUGUGGCCAACCAGGUUUCCCAGGCGUGUACACUAGAGUACCUUCAUACAUUGAUUGGAUUGUUGAGAAAAUAAACGAAAACUGA